CCCUCUGCCCGCAGCUGCCCCCGAUGCCCUGGGACGUCAUCGAGGGGAUGACGGAGGGCGACAACAGCACCGAGGCUCGCCUGCUGGAGCUGUGCCGUCACCUGGGCGCCCUGCGGGUGCGGGAGCGGUCAUUGUCGCUGGGGGAGGCAGAGGCCAUCCCCGCCGGCCAGGCGGCCGCUUUCCUGCGGAGCUGGGACCAGAGCGAGCGGUUCCUGGUGGUCCUGAAUCCCGGGAAUCAGCCCCUCCACCUGGCCCUGGAGGACCCCCGCCUGCCCCCCCAAGCCACCCUGCGCCUCAGCACCCACCAUCCGCUCCCCCAGGACCCUCAGAUCGAUCUGAGGAACUUCAAGCUGCUGCCUUACGAGGGGCUGCUGCUCAGCUUCCCCUACACCCCAUAGCGCCCGCCCUGCCCCAUGGCAUCUGUGGGGCAGGAGCAGGGU